AUGAUUGAGUCUGGUGUUGAACUUGGGUUUUUAGAGAACUGCGAAUCAUGGCAAGUAGAGAGUCGCCUGUUUCCUAGCAAAGUUGGAGGAAAGCCAGCCUGGUUGAAUUUGGAAAAAUUACCUUCCCCUGAAAAACUACAAUGCAGAAAGUGUCAGAAUACAAUGAUCUUUUUGUGCCAGCUCUAUGCUCCCUAUGAAGAAGAUAUUCAAGAAUCCUUUGAUGAUUAUUUAAAUAAUUUUCACAGGACUGUAUUUGUGUUUAUAUGUAGAACUCAUGAGUGCUCAGAAAGAAAUAAUAAUGACAAUGUAAAAGUGUUUCGAAGCAGCUUACAGAGAAAUAAUAAAUAUUAUCCCUAUGAUCCACCUGAAGAUAAACCAAAACUGGAUUUUUCAUUAAAUACUUGGGUAACACUUUGUAAUGUAUGUGGUUGUUUAUCAGAAAAACAAUGCAGUAAGUGUAAAAAUACUCAUUACUGCAGUCGAAAUCAUCAAGUUUUGGAUUGGAAAGAAGGCCAUAAAAAAGAGUGUGGAAGUGAAAAUGUUACAAAAAGGCAUUCAAAAUUACUAUUUCCAGAAUGGGAAAUUAUUACAGAACCAGAGGAAAUUAAUGAGAGUUAUACUAAUGAAGAAGAAGAGUUAAUGAAGUUUGAAAAAAUGAAAUUAGAAGGUACAACAGGCAGCAUGAUUGAGACUUCAGAAUCCGAUUUGGAUAUACAUGCAACAAGUGACAAAGAUAAAGUAUUUUCAAAGUUUCAGAAAACAGUUAAACAUAAUCCUGAUCAAGUUAUCAGAUAUAAAAGAGGUGGGGAACCAUUAUGGAUUUCAAAGAAACCUGUUCCAGAAAACAUCCCAGAAUGUGUACAAUGUAAAGGACCAAGACAGUUUGAAUUUCAAAUUAUGCCUCAAAUGUUGUCUUAUUUGAAAGAAACUGAUAUAGAUUGGGGUGUUUUGGCAGUUUAUACUUGUAAAAAUAGUUGUACUAAUGAUAGUUGUUAUAAUGAAGAGUUUAUUUUUAAGCAGGAUGUUGAAAUAACAGAAUAG